UUUUGUGACUCAAUCUUAAAGGUAAGAUGCAGUUGUUACAAAAGUGGUAGAUGCAUUAAGGGUUUUUCAGGACUUCAGCAGGAUGGAAUACAAUUGCCCAUAGGUGCCCGAGUUCAGUUAGAUGCCUAACAGGUGGAAUAGAGCCUGGCCCUUAGUGUAAAUGCAGUAGUAUCAAUAAACUAUAAAUUAUUACACCAUAAUACUAUAGUAGUACUGUACAAUGCACAGCUUGCUUGUAUAGUUGCAGCCACCUGAGUAGCACUUUCCUGAUAUACCAUAUACUUUUCUUAUACUGGGAAAUGUUCCUUGUAGCUUUAAUAACUAUACUGGAGCCCUAGGAGAUUGACUACCUAUAUAUGUAUAAAAUAAUGCAUACAAAGUUUGCAGGACUCUCUUGCAAUUGUGGAGUCCUACCAGUGGGCAGUUUAAAAAAUUGAAAUGAAUAUCGUAUCAGUAUAUGUAUGUCAUAUUUUGGUUUUCUUCUCUCAGCAUGAAAUAAGCUCCAUAGUAAUUUUGUUUACUUGGCAUCCAAGAGGUAAAAUUUGGUUUGGCAGUUGCAUUUAGCAAAACAUUGGAAACUUGAGGGGAAAAAAUAUCAUCUGACAAGGAAGGUCAACCUAAAUGCUAAGAACUGGGGUGCUGUGAAUUUAGUUUGUCAAAACUGCUUUUCCAGUCUCCUUCCACCAUUGGCCACCUGGCAGAAAUUUAACUUUUUUUCCUUUUCUUAGUGGAUGAAAAGCGUAGUCAGAAAUAGCCGCUGAGUUAAAAUCAUGUGCAAAAGCUCCUUUUGUGCUUUUGUUUCCUAAUUGCUCUUGGAAGAUUUUUCAGAUUGAGCUGACGCAGUUGGUGUAUGAAUUUCCUGGCAAAUGAGGAAGGUGACUGCAUCCAGAAGACGUUUCAGAGUGUGAAUUCACAGCCUUUCCGUGUCUAAUCAAGGAAUGUAAACCAUUAGCCACAUGUUCUCCAUUUCCAUCACAUUUUUUCACACUUAAACAAAAACAUGCCAAAGAAAAGGUGUUACAUUCUUUAAUGCCCCCAAAUAGGAACCACAGGAGUCCGUUAAAUGUGGUGGCCGUUUCCAGCAUGCAGAUCAAUUUUCCCUGUGGUGGUGAAGUGGUGAAUAAUGCCUGGCUUGUUUAAGGAGGCAUGACUGAUUUUGGAUGAAGGAUCCUGUCACUUUGGCAUUUUUCAUUUUAUUUAUUGCACACAACCGUAUAAAACUUGGUCCUGAUCUAAGUGCCAGGCGUAAUAGUGGAAAUAGCUGAAAGGACCACAUAACUACUGGUGGAGUAAAGGGGCUUCUCCUGAAAGGCAUUUUCUGGACUCCUGUGAAAUUAUUUUGAAUAACAUGGCAGUCAAGGAUUUCAUCAGCUGGCAUCUGCUGGCUUUAUUUUUUCUUCCAUUUUGCCUGUGUCAAGAUGAAUACGUGGAGGUGAGCAGAGGAUCUUAUAAACCAGUGGCCAAAGUAUUGCAAAGUCAUCACCAGACUGGCCAUAAAGGUUCCAGAAGCAGGGAAAUAUUGAGACAGCGGAGUCAACUUGUAGAGUGGACGAUUGAUGAUAAUAGCACUUCUACAGACCAAAAAGCCCAGAGACCAGAGGUAGAUGAUGUAGAGCAGACUACCUCAGACAGAGUCCAGCCCCCUCCGAGCGGACCCCAGAACACGGACUGCAGUGCCUGCUGUCGUGGAGAUUUUGGAAUGAAACUCUAUCAAGGGCCACCAGGACCUCCUGGACCUGCUGGGAUGCCAGGAAAUCAUGGAAACAAUGGAAAUAAUGGAGCAACUGGCCAUGAUGGAGCCAAAGGGGAGAAAGGAGACAAAGGGGACCUGGGACCAAGGGGAGAUCGUGGCCAUCAUGGACCAAAAGGAGAAAAAGGUUAUCCAGGGAUUCCACCAGAACUCCAGGUUGCAUUCAUGGCUUCCAUGGCAACUCACUUCAGUAAUCAGAACAGUGGGAUAAUCUUCAGUAGUGUUGAAACCAAUGUUGGAAAUUUCUUUGAUGUUAUGACUGGUAGAUUUGGUGCUCCAGUCAAUGGAGUAUAUUUCUUCACCUUCACUAUGAUGAAACAUGAAGAUGUGGAGGAAGUGUAUGUGUACCUAAUGCACAAUGGUAACACAGUUUUCAGCUUAUAUAGCUAUGAAUCAAAAGGAAAAUCUGACACAUCGGGGAACAGCGCGGUGCUAAAACUUGCCAAGGGAGAUGAAGUGUGGCUGCGUAUGGGGAAUGGAGCGCUACACGGAGAUCAUCAGCGCUUCUCCACUUUUGCUGGGUUUCUUCUUUUUGAAACAAAGUAAAAACAGAAAUCCAUUUUGAUGCAGCUCCUUUAUUCAUGCUUGCACCAUAGGAGCUGGCUCUGGCUAAACUACAAGGGGACUCAGCUUCAGAUGAGAGUGGAUUUAAAGGAAUCAGUUUAUACUGGACUAGAAAAAGCUUUGCAGAAACAAAAAAAAAUGUGAAAAGUAGAGGUGGCAGGGAUUCAGGUGUCUUGCACCAUCCUCUUUUACAUUUUGAAGAUGAGUUUGGUGACUUUAAUAUAGUUUUCAUGUACAUAUUCACCCCUUCAGAAAAAAAAGUGUUAGGUUUUCUCAGUUUGAGAAAUCCAAAGAUGAGUUUCUUUUGCCUGAGUUAUGCAGGUCAUAUGGUUCUUUCUGGUCUACAAAUUGUGAAAACUGUCCUGACAAUGCUACAUAUCAGGACAGAGACCUACCCAGUAUUACCGGAGAUAUCUGAAAUGUUCAAACAGCACAACAAGCUAGAGGACAGGUACUCUGUGGAGCUUGGAGCUCUUUUUUAAAAGAAUGACCUUACAAUAUAGUUGUCAGUGUUAUUUUUCGCACAAUCUCUCCUGGAAGUGUUGUUUCUAGGAGACGGUUAGCACAUCUACAUGUGCAUUAAUGCACCAUAAUAACUUAUACUAACUUAACAUGCUGUGUAAUUGGCACUACUGCUCAGUAGUGCCGGUGCACAUCUUUUACACAAUGCUAAUGCACAGUAGACUAAUUCUA